AUGUCUGCUCCUUUCAUCCCCGAACAACAGACGGCCAUCAUUGCCGGCCCAGCGGGCGAAUUCCUGGUUUCGGAUACCGUAAAGGUUCCCACUCUUAUGCCCGACCAGAUUCUCGUCAAGACUGGCGCGGUCGCAUUGAACCCCGUCGACACUAAACUUAUUGGUGACUUCGUUACUCCCGGUGUUAUGUUUGGCUUCGAUUGUGCUGGCACAAUUGUCGCUUUGGGAAGCGAAGUGCCAACGGACGAGUUCAAGAUUGGUGACCGAGUAUGCGGAUCUGCCAGUGGAAUGAACCAGCUGAAGCCACUUGGUGGUUCUUUCGCCGAAUACGCUAAGCUUCAAGCCAACAUGAGCUUGCAUGUACCUGAUUACAUGUCCAUUGAAGAUGCGGCUUCAUUGGGUACCUCCAUCGCUUCGGCUGCCAUGUGUCUGUUCUGGUCGCUGAAGUGGCCUGGAGAUUUGUUGGAAGGUGCUAAGCAUGGAGAUGAGGCCAAGCCUCCUGUUCUGGUUUACGGUGGAAGUACUUCGACCGGAACUAUGGUUCUGCAGUUGCUGAAACUGUGCGGCUUCCCCACAAUCGCAACUUGCUCUCCUCACAACUUCGACUUCGUCAAAGGAUACGGCGCGGAUGUGGUUUACGACUACAAGUCCAGCGAUUGUGCGGCCAAGAUCCGUGCCGACACCAACAACGAGCUUGAGUACAUUAUUGACUGCUUCGCCGAGGAUUCCUCUAUGCGGUUCUGCUACGCUGCCAUGGGACGUGCCGGUGGAAAGUACGUGGCCCUGAACCCAUUUAGCGAGCACUUGCACAACCGUAAGGUUAUCGAGCCGGACUGGAUUCUGGCUACCCGCAUCGCUGGUGAUGGUUCCAUGUGGCCCGCUCCCUUUGCCUGCCCCGACGAGCCCAAGAUCCUGGAGAUCUCUCUGCCAUUGUACCGCACCUUCCAGGUGCUAUUGGACGAGCGCAAGAUCCGCCCUCACACUGUGCAGUUAGAGGAUGGUGGUCUCAGCGGAAUCCCCGAAGGAGUGCAGAAGAUCCGCAGUGGAGCAGUCAGCGGUGUGAAGCUGGUUUACCCCAUUGCUGCUUAA